AUGUGGAAGACGGUGUGCAUAGCGAAGGAGUUAGGACUGACGCCUUCCACCUUGAACUCCAUCGUUGCAAAACGGAUCGAAAUUGAAGAAAAUGCCCGAACCUUCGACGUCAAGUGCAAGCAAGCCCGGAGUUCGGAGCACGUGCAGCUUGACAAGGCCGUUUUCGAAUGGUUCAAACAAGCCAGGGCCGCAGGAGUUAACUUCGACGGUACCAUCCUGCGAGAGAAGGCACUCGAGAUCGCCGACAAGCUCGGCCUCAAGGACUACGAGCCGAGAGACAUAUUCAAUGCCGAUGAAGCAGGCCUUUUUUUCAAGGUACAGCCCUCUAAGACGCUGAGCCUAAAAGGCGAGGCUUGCCACGGUGGAAAAUGCAGCAAGGAACGACUAACGGUGCUGCUGUGCUGCAACUCCGAUGGUUCGGAAAUGAUGAAACCGUGGGUGAUAGGAAAGUUUCGAAACCCACGCUGCCUUAAAAAUAUCCGUCACCUGCCCUGCCACUACAACAAUAAUACCAAGGCGUGGAUGACGUGUUCACUUUUUGAGGAGUUCUUGAGAUACAUGGACUCUAAGAUGGGCUGCCAGAACAGAAAAGUCAUUCUUUUUCUCGACAACUGCUCCACACAUCCCAAGGACACUGCGUCGCUGCGGAACGUAAAGGUAGUUUUUCUUCCUGCCAACACCACAAGCCACCUUCAGCCCUUGGACGCUGGAAUAAUAAAAAAUGUAAAGCACUUCUACCGCAAGUGCAUUGUAAAGCGGUCCCUGGCCAGCGUGGAGCGUGGGCAGCAGCCGGCAGGCGUCACCAUCUUAGAUGCCAUGCAUUAUUUAGCAUCGGCGUGGAGCGCCGUCACUGCUGCUACAGUUGAACACUGCUUCAACAAGUGUUUCGGUGUGCGCGCAGAUGACACAACAGAAGCUGUUGGAGACGGUGCGUUCGCAGACUGCGACGAACUGAACACUGCCAUGGAGACUGUUGGUGCCAGUGGAAUCGCGUACAGUGACUACGCUUCUGUUGACGACGCCGUUGUCACCUCCGCGAUGUUAUCCGUCGACGACAUCGUGGCUGAGUGCGCCAGUGACGAGGAAGUUGAGGAGGAGGAGGAGGUGGAGGAGGUGGAGGUGGAGCGGAUACCGGAGCCAACGUUCUCAUCGGCCGUAGCGGCACUGGAUUUAUUGCGAAGAUAUGUGCGCACCAGUGACGAUGGCGAGAGCCACAUGGCACUACAGGUGCUUGAAAAACGCCUUGUGCUUGUCGGGCGUGAGAAGAUGCGCCAGGCAACGCUGCAUGAUUUUUUCAAGCGAAAGAAUUAA